CGAAAAUAAGUAUAAACGAUCAUAUCGGUUGCACGAAUGAGAACUUGACUUCGAAAUGCCUCGCUUAACUCGCCGUAGCAGGAACGAACUUGAUUUCAACGAUUGAGCACACAAUCAUGGCAGCACAACCAGAAUUUUUCCAAUCAAUGAAUCAUUUUCAUCUCGCAGUCCCACCACCCCCCUGUUUUGACAGCAAUUACUGUGGCCCAGUUUUUUGAAAAUUUUCAUAGAUUUUGGUAGCCUCGCUCUCUUUUCGACCAGUUUCAUUGGUCCUCCACCGAGAUGAAUAUGUGGCAUGACACGACUUCGCAGAAGUUUUCUACAUCCUAGUAGCACCAACUCCGAGUUGUAGCCAAGCGUUUGUAUGCUUGGGCACAACUAACAGCAACUUCUAGCCUGUUCAUAGAGCAAGAGUUUCAACUUCGCAAUUUUAUUCUCGACCAAUAUCACAAGACCCUGAUCAAUAAAACGACCAUGGGCGAAAAUCCCCCGGAUAGUGGCAGCGCUGACACUUUACCGGCUGCGGAACUAGCUCGUACAAGUCCGGAGCAAAAUACAACUGCGAAAGUGGAGUUAAUAAAGCCCCCGGUUGCUACAACUACAACAGCUGCAGCCGCAGCCGCUUCUCCAACAUCACCCAUGCAACCAAGUGCAGCUUCUCCACCUGCUCCAGGUGCUGCAGAGCAAGCUGCAUCUCCACCCCCAGUUCAAAUCCCCUCUCCGGGUGGAACAGCUGUAACAGCAACAAAUCCCCCAGCACAUCCAACAGCUGCCCUCAGUCCCGGCAUGGCGGCCGCGUUGCCCAUGGCUUUGUCUCCCCAGCACCAGGAAAAACUACAGUCGGAUAACGAGUAUAAGAUGCAGAUGAUGAACCUGCUCUACGCGCAGAACGCGUACAUGCUGACGACGAUGGAAUUGCUACAGUGGCAGAGUGUGUAUGCGUUGCAAAAGUAUCUAUACUCGUAUAAAUGGCAAGGCUGCAUGACAGGUUCGCUUUCUUAGCUGAAUCUGCAUGACAAAUUGCAUUUUUGUUCCUGCGAAAAUUUGUAAUGCAAUUUAUACAAAGUGCGAUACUUUUGCAAUGCAUAAUGUGUACCAGAACUUGCAAACCGCGUACAAAGAGGAGCAAAUGAUGCAGUCCAUGAAUCAAUACUUCGCGUUGACGCAAAACACGGCCUACUACGCCGGAAUGAUGGCGCAGGCGGGGAUUCUAGGCGGCGGCGGUGUAGUUCCUCCAAUACAACACCCGGCCACAACCCCGCUUGGAGGUGUGCCUCCGUUGUACACGACUGGGGCAUCUACCGCUUCACCGCUUGGCGGUCCACCACCGCGAGCGGGAUUAUAUCAUCAUCCUGGGGCGGGUGGUCUUCCUCCUGCUGGUACUCCGACGUCGCCGAGCGGAAAUCAUUCUGGUGCUGGCAUUGCGGGGGCGAGUAGACCUGGCGUAGUAGGGGGGACGCAAAAAUCGUCCAGCAGCAGUGGUGGGAAGGAGAAGAAAUCGUAUAAAUUUAUUUUCGAUAUUGAUGGAGGUGGUUGUGUUUUUAUUUCCUUGCAACUACACGAUGAAUCGGUGGUACUAUGUGUGCAACAGCAACAUGACAAGAAGUGUAUGACUUGUAACUUUCGCACCACAAAUUUUCAAAAAAUUGUUCAGUGUCUUCUGCCGUCACGCGCCACAGCACAUGACGAUCCCUUCCUACCGCGACGACCCACAGUAUCGAGAGACCGUUUUUCAGCAUGCAGGAAGUACCGGCAAUACGCCCACAGCCGGCACAGGACCUCCAGGCGGAGUUUCAUCUGCGAGUACCACUUCUAGAGGGUCGUCGUUCAGAAAGCAGCCCGUGACCAAUCUCCGGGGGGAAUUCGACGAAACGGGGAGACAGAAACGCCCCGCGUUUCUCCCGGCGGACCACAUCCCUUUCUCCCCCAAAUCUGGGAAGCACAAGAUUCGGCUACCGGGCGAGUCGGAGGACGAGGAAAAGGAGGAAAAGCCGACCUUGAGACAGAGGAUUUUUGGCGGAGGGAAGAAGAGUACUAGUAAAACGAAGACAGCUAGUAGUACUUCUUCCUCUACUGCGAGUAGAAGUGCAAGUGCCGCGACCUCUUCUGCAGAUGGGAACGGAUCGGGAUCAACAUCUUCGUCCCCACGGAAAGAAGGCAACGAAAAUAACGGAGACCCCGAUGGCCCUACUGCAGUUGAGGAGACAGCGGAAGAAAAAAUGAAGCCGAACAGCAAGUACCACAAGCAAUUGGAGGAGAAAAAAAAGCUCGGGGAGGUCUCCUUGACCGCGCAGGAGGAAAAGGAUCUGAAGACGUUGAACGAAAAGAAGAAGAAAAACAGCUGGUGGAGGAGAUACCGGGUCGGGUUCGUGCUCAAAAUCGCGCUGAUUAUGGUGUUAUCAAAUGUAAAAAUGUCUGGGUCUGCAAGACUGCGCGAUUUGUCAUGCAGCUUUUCCAUGACCCAUGAGGUCUGGAAUGCAGGACCUAGCAUGACAGAGUCUGUGUGAUCUUUCUCAUGCCUAUCCUGCAUGAGAAACUGCCUCCCGACUUCGUCAACACUACACGACUUUUGGUAAUCAUGCAACACAGAUUUUUGCAUGCUUCCGAUUUAGCAUGACAAGUUGCAUUCUUCCAGACCCAGACAUUUUUACAUUUGAUAGGUGUUGCUGGAAGUGAAACUGGGCUGGUUUCUGGUCUACAUGGUCGGCGUCGUGCUGUUCUUCCUCGGGUAUUGUGUUUUGCUUUUGAUCCGUACAACUCGAUUAUACGUGCAUGUUUGCAAACAGAAAUUUUUUGGUUUUGAGUUUUCUUUGUAAUGCCGGUGCUCUGAUGUACGUGAAAACAUGCUCGGGUAGAGGUUUUGAUGUGCAACAUUUUUGCAAUGCAGCAAAAACAUCUAUUAUUUUCGCAAUACAACAACCUAACACAUCAGUUACCUCGAUUUUUUCGAGUCCUGGGCGAACAACACGACGAAAAAAUUUCCGCCUCUCUCCGAGCAACUUCUCAUGUUGGCCUCCCUGCGGGAAAAGCUGCGUAUGGACUCCAUGAAAAAUGAGGAGAGGGAGCGAAAGCGAAAGGGGUACAGAGAAGCCGGGGAGGAAGUAUCAAAGAAAAAAGUGUUAACCUUAUACGGUUUCCAGAGAUUGCAGCUAUGCAUGACAGAUUUUUCCUAGAAUGCAUGCUAUGCAAUACGAAUUCAGGUGGCACCGUUUCUGAUGCGGUCCUGCAUCACAAAUUUCGUUCACGUUAACGCUUUUUCCUGUGAUAGCAAGUGCCGGAGUUUCUGCUGGAGAAGAACGAUGAAAAAGAGUCGGCGCCAAAGUACCUUCCAGGGACAGAACCAGAGGGGGUGGAAAAGAAAAAGACAACAACUGAAAAAACAACUUCAUUCUCUAGUACAACAACUUCAAGUUGUAACUCUGAAAGUCCGACGAAAGUAGAACCAGCAGCGAAAGAUCCCCAAGGGGGAUUGGAAUUAACCGAGCAAAAGUCGUCGUCGUCAACAUUAACUUCUGACCCCAAUCCCAACGAGCCCGAGCAAAAUGCUUUCUCGCCGGAAGACGGGGCGAAGGGGGGUGCAGCUUCGAAGGCAGAAAACGACGGUUCUACUCCCUCUUUUAAAGAAGGAACAACCUCUACAUCAAAGGAAAAGAACGAGGAGAAAAACAAGCCAGAGGAAGAGCCUGUGGAAAAGCCUUUCAACUACAAAGACCCCUGCCUCCUUGUCAUACCCGAUAACCAAUACGGGAAACACUUUUUCUAUCAACUGGUCAUCUGUUUCCUGUUCACCUUAAACCCCGCGUGGACACCCAAUCCGGUAAGACUCGGGCUCUACUGCCCGGGUUGUCUGGGGGAUGAGGAGCCCGGAGCGGAAAAGAAAGAUGGAAAUAACGCGAAUAAUGCCGGUGCUGAUGCGAACAAUGCUGGUAAUGCCGAGGGCGGUGGCGACGAUAACGACGGGGCUGGAGCGGGGCUGGCCGGGUUUCUGUUCGACGACGCGGCGGGCUAAAAAUGAAUAGGGAGAGGAGAUGUUGGUCUACUUUUUCAGAUGAUGAAAACAACUACUGCCAAGGGGGUUUUUUGGUACUAGCAGAUGAACUGGUUUCCUUUUACUAGUACAACUACCCCGUAUAUGUAUGUUGAGAGUUGAGACCACCCCUCUAAGUUCAGCCCGAACGACAGAUCGAGGUCGACUUCAAAGAAGUAACAGAGUCGAGAGUUUACCACCUCAACACCACAGCGACCAAAUCUUUAUCUAAGUGUAGUACCACGUUUUUUCCAAAAUAACUUGAAAGUAUCGACGAUGUCUAAAGUAGUAUUCUAUUCACAGUUGUCACAGAUGAAGAUGAAACUUUAUCUCAAGCCAAGAGUCUAUGGCUGAUUGACGAGACUAGACUUUUCCUUGAGCUACAGUCUGAAGAUGGACUGAAAAUACACCCAAAAACCGAAAGAAACCUGAAAUAGUACAAGAGAGGUUGCUGCAUCGCAGAACUUUUUCAAAAACGAUAAAGCGACAUCAAGUCAUUUAAAUACCAGAGCGACAAAAUCAACAAU